CUCCAUAUUUCAUGCUCCUUUGAGUUUUAUAGAAAGCAAGAAAUCAAAGGAGAAGCAGAGGAAUGGCUUACAGGAUCAGCACCGUUUGCAUCAUGGCCAUUCUUUUCUUUUCCUUCACUUUGACCUCUGCUGCCCGGCCGGAGCCAGCCUUCGCUGAUGUAACUCCGAUGGAGACUCUAUACGGGGAUAAUGCCGAAGCAGAGACUGUAGAGGUGGAGAAGAGUUGUGAAGGAGUUGGAGAAGACGAGUGUUUGACGAGAAGAACACUUGCAGCUCAAAUUGAUUAUAUAUACACUCAGAAACACAAGCCAUGAAAUCUUACGUUUUCUUGGUUAGUAUUGCAUCUAUAAAUGGGAGGCUUCCCUGUAUCAUUUCCCCAAAUCUCUCCUAGUCAAUAUUGUAUAUUUACUUGGUUUGAAUGUUGUAUUAAUAAAAACGGACGCAGAUGUUGUAGUGGGUUGUUAAUUUA